AGACAAGCGGGCGGGGAAGACUCCGCCAUCUGCUAACGCGGAGCCGAGACGCCUGUCUGAAAAUAACUUAGAAGUUCGACGGCAACUCUUUUUCCCUUUGGAAGGAAAAGCAACACGAAUAGGUGCCGCGGGCCCCCUGUACAUCCCCGGGAUUUUCUGAAUUAGUGCUGCCAUGUCUGAUUUUGAAACUGAAGAUACUGAAGAGACUGUAACUCGUCUGCAAAUCACUAUUUAUCAUCCAAAACAAGAAGAAAAACCAGUCUUUGGUGCUUUAAGAUUCUGUCACCAACAACAGCUGAGAGCAGAUGACACAGUGAAAUUUGGAAGAGAUUCGAAAAUCUGUCAUUUUCACUUUUUAGAUACACGGGUUUCACGAGUUCAGUUUGGACUUCAGUUUUUCAGGCACUUCAACAGCUCAGAGUUUGGUUUUGAGAUUAAGAAUCUGAGCAAAAAGGGAAAGUUAACUGUGGACGAUGUUGAACUGGCCUAUCUAAAUAAAGUCAAUCUACCAGAUAAAUGUAUGGUUUGCUUUGGAGAUUACCAGAUGUUAUUGCAAAAACAAGAAGGACAGUGUGAAGAUUACUUUAACAUCUGCUUUGAAUUGGCCAGAAUGUCAUUGUUACAAGAAAAAAAUCUAGUUUUGAAAAAACCAGUAUGUGAAAGUAGCAGUUCAUAUUCCCGCUCUCCAACAGAGAUGGAUGAGAAUGAAUAAAUUGGAAAAUUCCAUGAAAAACAAUUUCAAACAAUUGUGUAUUCAGUGGUCAGCUUUACCUUGGUGUGCUAUGGUAGUUGAAAUGAUAUCUGUACAUCCAUAUUUGUAUCCUCACCUGCACUGCCAAUAGAUUAGCAACUACCAGAGCCAUUUGAUGAAUGGCCAGUCAUAACAAUUGAAUAAAUAUUGUUUCA